AUGUCCGACACGCCUAAAGUAAGCCAAUCACCGCAACUGUGCCCCGGUCUCACGGAAGGAAGGACUGCCAACCUUUCUCGUGGACAUUUGAAUCCACAGAAGAAUUGUUUCCUUUCUGUCGAGAGCGAUCAAAAGAAUGUAGCUCGUGCCCAGGUCGGACAUGCGUCUUCUGCACAAAUCUUAUUCUUUGUCACUAGGGAGGGCCCGGCAGAUCUCCAGACGAUCCCAGUGGGAGGAGCACCCGCUUGGAAACGUCUUCUCGUUGUUUCCUCGGCACUCCUUCAACAGUGA